AUGAAGUACUUAGCUAUAAUCCUGUCUUUGUGUUUGAUGGCCGUCCAAGCCAGACCAGGUCUUGAUAAUGAUGGUGGUGGUGAGGCAGCUGCUGCCGCUGCUGCUGCUGGUGCUGCUGGUGGUGAUGGUGCUGCAGCCGCUGCUGCCGCUGCUGCCUCUGGGGGUGGUGGUGCUGGCUCAGGUGCUGGUACAGGUACUGGGGGAAAUGAUGCAGGCAAUCGUGGCUCCGACCCAACCGCUGCCAUCGGAGAGGGUAAAAGUGUUGCCACUAACAUAGGAAACGGACUCGUUAACAAAGGUUUAGCCUUUGAAGCUGGACUCGAAGUCGGACUAGGCGCCGGAGUCGUUGCUGGUAUUGCCGCAGGUGCAGAUUUAGCUGGUGGAGCUGCUAAAGACUCAGGAUCGGGCCUUGGUAUUGGAACUGGUCUUGGAUUUGGAGCUGGAACUGGAGCAGGAUUAGGUGCAGGGUCAGGAGCAGGAUCAGGAUCAGGUGCAGGAUCAGGACCAGAUGCAGGGUCAGGUGCAGGGUCAGGAGCAAGAUCAGGAGCGUUAUUAGGUGCAGGAUUAAGUGCAGGAUCAGGAGCGGGAUCAGGAGCAGAAUCAGAUGCUUCGGCGACCUCAGAUAAAGGAAAAGGAACAAUAGCCAAUGCGAAAUCUGGUUCAGGUACCUCAGUGACCUCAGAUAAAGGAAAAGGGUCAAAAGCCAACGCAAAAUCGGGUUCAGGUGCUUCAGCAACCUCAGAUAAAGAAAAAGGAUCCAAAGACAACGCUACAUCAGGUUCAGGAUCUUCAGCGACCUCAGAUAAAGGAAAGGGAACUGGAGCCAAAGCAACAUCGGAUUCUGGGGCAUCAGCAAACUCAGAUAAAGGAAAAGGAUCAGAAGUCAAAGCAACGUCAGGUUCAGAGGCAUCAGCAAAUUCACAUAAAGGAAAAGGAACAGGAGCCAACGCUACAUCGGAUUCAGGCGCUUCAACAACCUCAGAUAAAGGAAAAGGAUCAGAAGCUAACGCAACAUCGGAUUCAGGUGCUUCGGCGACCUCAGAUAAAGGAAAAGGGUCAAAAGCCAACGCAAUAUCGGGUUCAGGUGCUUCAGCAACCUCAGAUAAAGAAAAAGGAUCCAAAGCCAACGCUACAUCAGGUUCAGGAGCUUCAGCGACCUCAGAUAAAGGAAAGGGAACAGGAGCCAAAGCAACAUCGGAUUCUGGGGCAUCAGCAAACUCAGAUAAAGGAAAAGGAUCAGAAGCCAAAGCAACGUCGAGUUCAGAGGCAUCAGCAAAUUCACAUAAAGGAAAAGGAACAGGAGCCAACGCAACAUCGGAUUCUGGGGCAUCAGCAAACUCAGAUAAAGGAAAAGGAUCACAAGCCAAAGCAGCGUCGAGUUCAGAGGCAUCAGCAAAUUCACAUAAAGGAAAAGGAACAGGAGCCAACGCAACAUCGGAUUCUGGGGCAUCAGUAAACUCAGAUAAAGGAAAAGGAUCACAAGCCAAAGCAGCGUCGAGUUCAGAGGCAUCAGCAAAUUCACCUAAAGGAAAAGGAACAGGAGCCAACGCUACAUCCGAUUCAGGCGCUUCAACAACCUCAGAUAAAAGAAAAGGAUCAGAAGCUAACGCAACAUCGGAUUCAGGUGCUUCGGCGACUUCAGAUAAAGGAAAAGGGUCAAAAGCCAACGCAAUAUCGGGUUCAGGUGCUUCAGCAACCUCAGAUAAAGAAAAAGGAUCCAAAGCCAACGCUACAUCAGGUUCAGGAGCUUCAGCGACCUCAGAUAAAGGAAAGGGAACAGGAGCCAAAGCAACAUCGGAUUCUGGGGCAUCAGCAAACUCAGAUAAAGGAAAAGGAUCAGAAGCCAAAGCAACGUCGAGUUCAGAGGCAUCAGCAAAUUCACAUAAAGGAAAAGGAACAGGAGCCAACGCUACAUCGGAUUCAGGCGCUUCAACAACCUCAGAUAAAGAAAAAGGAACACAAGCCAAUGUGACAUCGGGUUCAGGCACCUCAGCGACCUCAGAUAAAGGAAAAGGAUCAGAAACCAACGCAACAUCGAGUUCAGGUGCUUCAGCAACCUCAGAUAAAUUAAAAGGAUCAGAAGCUAACGCAACAUCGGAUUCAGGUGCUUCGGCGACCUCAGAUAAAGGAAAAGGGUCAAAAGCCAACGCAAUAUCGGGUUCAGGUGCUUCAGCAACCUCAGAUAAAGAAAAAGGAUCCAAAGCCAACGCUACAUCAGGUUCAGGAGCUUCAGCGACCUCAGAUAAAGGAAAGGGAACAGGAGCCAAAGCAACAUCGGAUUCUGGGGCAUCAGCAAACUCAGAUAAAGGAAAAGGAUCAGAAGCCAAAGCAACGUCGAGUUCAGAGGCAUCAGCAAAUUCACAUAAAGGAAAAGGAACAGGAGCCAACGCUACAUCGGAUUCAGGCGCUUCAACAACCUCAGAUAAAGAAAAAGGAACACAAGCCAAUGCGACAUCGGGUUCAGGCACCUCAGCGACCUCAGAUAAAGGAAAAGGAUCAGAAACCAACGCAACAUCGAGUUCAGGUGCUUCAGCAACCUCAGAUAAAUUAAAAGGAUCAGAAGCUAACGCAACAUCGGAUUCAGGUGCUUCGGCGACUUCAGAUAAAGGAAAAGGGUCAAAAGCCAACGCAACAUCGGGUUCAGGUGCUUCAGCAACCUCAGAUAAAGAAAAAGGAUCCAAAACCAACGCUACAUCAGGUUCGGGAUCUUCAGCGACGUCAGAUAAAGGAAAGGGAACCGGAGCCAAAGCAACAUCGGAUUCUGGGGCAUCAGCAAACUCAGAUAAAGGAAAAGGAUCAGAAGCCAAAGCAACGUCGAAUUCAGAGGCAUCAGCAAAUUCACAUAAAGGAAAAGGAACAGGAGCCUACGCUACAUCGGAUUCAGGCGCUUCAACAACCUCAGAUAAAGAAAAAGGAACACAAGCCAAUGCGACAUCGGGUUCAGGCACCUCAGCGACCUCAGAUAAAGGAAAAGGAUCAGAAACCAACGCAACAUCGAGUUCAGGUGCUUCAGCAACCUCAGAUAAAUUAAAAGGAUCAGAAGCUAACGCAACAUCGGAUUCAGGUGCUUCGGCGACCUCAGAUAAAGGAAAAGGGUCAAAAGCCAACGCAACAUCGGGUGCAUGUGCUUCAGCAACCUCAGAUAAAGAAAAAGGAUCCAAAACCAACGCUACAUCAGGUUCGGGAUCUUCAGCGACCUCAGAUAAAGGAAAGGGAACCGGAGCCAAAGCAACAUCGGAUUCUGGGGCAUCAGCAAACUCAGAUAAAGGAAAAGAAUCAGAAGCCAAAGCAACGUCGAGUUCAGAGGCAUCAACAAAUUCACAUAAAGGAAAAGGAACAGGAGCCAACGCUACAUCGGAUUCAGGCGCUUCAACAACCUCAGAUAAAGAAAAAAGAUCAGAAACCAACGCAACAUCCGGUUCAGGCGCUUCAGCAAUCUCAGAUAAAGGGAGAGGAUCAGAAGCCAACGUAGCGGAAUCAGGAGCUAAAACUGGAACAGGAAGCGGUCCGGGGGCUGGAGAUAGUUCUAGCGGAGAGUUGGGAUCAGGGUCAGGAAAUGGAUCAGAAACUAGUGGUUCACCGGAAUCAGAAGCGGAAAAAGGAUCUGACAAGACACGUUGUAAUCGUAAACCUUCCGUCUCCAAAGGUGAUAGUGGAGCCGCCAGGAAAUCUUUAAGUCUAGGUAUCUUUAAAGGCCUUAGCGUUGGCGCUGGCGCAUCAUCAGCACAUGGACUCUCCCUA